AUGGGCGGCAUGGGCCGGUCCACAGCAGCCUUCACCUGUUCCAGGAAUAUGGAGGGUCUGUGGAAGAAGCUACACAACGGUGAGUACUGUCCGUACGAGCUUCAGGCGGAGCUGGUCGGGGCACAGCUACUACUUUGUGAUGUCCGAGAGCUCGCGGCUGUGCUGAACACACCGGGAGGUCAGUCGCUUUGCGUGGGGCGAAUUGUUUAUUCGCCGUACACGGAAGGAGCGCUAGUCAUGGCACCUGGAGAUGAGGAGGUACUGGUGUCGGAGAGCGCUGCACCAGGAGAAGACAGUCAGGAGACUGAUAAGUUCCUGACUGUUGAUGGAUGCUGGUCAAUCAAACAAGGCUUGCGCUCGUUUGAACAAAAUCGUAGAAGCGUUACGGAUGUUCUCGCGCCCGAAGAAGAUAAUCGCACAAACCAUGAGAAAUGGUCAUUGGCCCUUGCGGGGCUGCAAAUGGAUGCCCUUCACUAUGCAUAUCCGGACAUUCCUAAAGAUGUCGUUCCAGUGGUAGUCAAGUGCUUACAGGAUUGUCUGGACAGCCUUUUUGAAGGUCGCCAGAUUCCCGUCGUCUAA